AUGGAUCUGAUUCAGCUACUCAAUGUGAAGCCAUUCCUGCAACAAUACCACAACAGAUACUCAACAAGACCUCAACCAACAGACAAAGACCUAGGGCAGCCUCAAGAAAUCCCACCAGCAACAGAGACACAACCUGGCAUGCUACCACCAUAUCAAACAACAUUACAGGAGCAACACAAUUUGACACAAAAAGCCCCUUCUCAAAAUUGCUUAUAUACACCUGUGCAAUACCCAACUACAGCAAACAGGGCAGGCGAGGGUGCUGCUGAUACUGGGGCAGGCGCAAGUGCCGCCAGCCAAUCACAGGGGCAGGCCAUGUUGCUGCCAGCGGAGAUCGCGGGGCAGGCCAUGUUGCCGCCAGCAGAGAUCACGGGGCAGGCCAUGUUGCCACCAGCGGAGGUCGUGGGGCAGGCCAUGUUGCCGCCAGCAACAAUACCAUCUGAAGUGGGGAGGCUGGAGGGGGGAGGUGCAGAGUGA